AUGACGACUCGGGUGGAGAAAUUACUUUUAAGUUUACAAGUUGGCUUUGAUGAUGGUCGGAUGAUAGGAAUCACCGGUCUGGGUGGUGCGGGGAAGACGACUCUGGCAGGUGUAGUUUUUAAUCGAAUAGCCAAUCAAUUUGAUGGCAAGACUUUUGUUCAGAAUGUUAGAGAACGCUCACAAGACUCCAGGGGUUUGCAGGAUAUGCAAAAACAGAUACUUACUUCUGUGUUUAGCGAUCAAAGCAUUGCCGUUCCAAGUGAUUUUGAGGGGCGUAAUAUGAUGAAAAGGAGGAUGCCUAGUAUAAAAGUUCUUAUAGUUCUAGAUGAUGUGAAUGAUAUGAAGCAACUUGAGGCGUUAGCAGAACCAAGUUGGUUUAAGCCAGGAAGUAGAAUCAUCAUUACAUCAAGAGAUAAGCAUGUAUUGGUAGCCCAUGGAGUCCAGAGUCACAAUAUUCAUGAUGUUAGUACGCUAUCAGAUGAGGAUGCAAUUCGUCUCCUUAGUAAGUAUGCUUUUAAAACAGAGAGUCCAGCUCACGGUUAUGAAGAGCUAUCUAAAAAAGUUGUAAGAUAUGCUGCUGGUCUUCCCUUAACCAUCAAAACUUUAAGUUCAUCUCUUCAUGGUUGUCCUGUGCAAGAAUGGGAAGAUGCCAUCAAAAGACUAGAAACAAUUCCAUGGGGUGAUACCUUGAAUAUAUUGAAAGUAAGCUAUGAUGCUCUAGAGGAGGAUCUAAAAGAGAUAUUCCUACAUGUUGCUUGCCUAUUGAAAGGCCUAUGGAAGAAGAGAGCAAUCCGAAUACUAGAAAGUUUAGGAUUUCGUGCUAAAUUUGGUUUAGGCAUUCUUGAGCAGAAAUCCUUAAUUAUUCUCCGUGAUAGUCAUCAUCGUAAUGAUUAUGAUUAUGAUAAUGAUGAAAAGGAGUUGGACAUGCACGAUCAUAUAGAAGAAAUGGGAAUGCAUAUUGUUCGCAGUCUGCAUCCUGACGAGCCUCAGCAACAUAAGCUACUAUGGAUUAGAGAUGAGAUUGAAGAUAUAAUAGAAAAAGACAUGGGAACCAAAGCAAUAAGAGGUAUAAAACUGGUGGAAACGGAUCUCCCUCCAGCUAAAAUUUCGCAGAGUCUUAGAAAGAUGAGUAGACUAUGUUUUCUUCACGUGGAGUUUCUAGAUGAAACAACUGAUACAACUCUGAUACAAUCUCGAUCUAAUUAUAGCAGGUAUUUACCUAAUACAUUUCAAGGAGAUAACCUUGUUGGGAUUUACAUGCCUGAUAGCUCUAUCCGUCAACUCUGGAAAGGGGGAGAAAAAAAGGUUCUUCCCAAACUCAAGCUCCUUAACCUUAGUGGUUCUAAAUUAAAAACCUUUGACUCAGCGAUGACUCCAAAUCUUGAAGCAUUACUUCUUCGUGAAUGUGAAAAGUUGGUAGAAGUCAACAUUUCUGCUGAAUGUUCGCAUGUCAAGAGGCUAGACGUAUCCAAAUGUACAGCCUUAGAAAAACUCACCAUUUCCAAUGAAUGUCAGAAUCUUGACGAGCUGGAGCUGGACCAUUGCGAAUCCUUGAGAAAAUUUCAAUUGCAUGUGGAAUGUCCACGUCUGAGGUACCUCUUCCUUUACGAUACUAAGUUAUGUAGCUUCAACCUUGGGAUGGCCCCUAAUCUGGAGAGGCUAUCAGUUUAUUAUUGUAAAUACUUAAAGGAACUCGUCAUCCCAGUUGAAUGUGGAAUGCUGACUCACCUCUACCUCAAUAAUAACAAUAAGUUACGUAGCUUCAACCUUGGGAUGGCCCCUAAUCUGGAGGUGUUAGAAGUUGAAUAUUGUAAAGAGUUGGAGGAACUCGUCAUGCCUGUUGAAUGUCCAAUGCUGACUAAACUCUCCCUCUUUUGUAUCAAUAAGUUACGUAGCUUGAACCUUGGGCCGACUCCUAGUCUGGAGUUGUUAUCAGUUGAAUUUUGUACAAACUUGGAGGAACUCGUCAUGCCGGUUGAAUGUCCAAUGCUCACUAAACUCUCCCUCAAUUUCACCAAGUUACGUAGCUUGAACCUUGGGAUGGCCCCUAAUCUGGAGGUGUUAUCAGUUAAAGAUUGUGAAGAGUUUGAAGAACUCGUCAUGCCUGUUAAUUUUCCAAUGCUCAGAGACCUCGCCCUCCGUGACACCAAGUUGCGUAGCUUCAACCUUGGGCUGACCCCUAAUUUGGAAAAGUUGCUACUUAAAAAUUAUGAAGACUUUGAAGAAGUCCUUUGUAUGCCUUUUGAACUUCCAAGGCUGAGAGUCCUCUCCCUCCACCAUUAUAAGGAUGAACAUUAUGGGUCGUUUUCAUAUCUACCGGAGAAGUUAAAGAGUCUGGAGAAGUUGCGUCUAAGGUUUGGAAUGAUGAAGCGUCUUCCAGAUAGCAUUUAUAUGUUGAAGCAUCAUCUGACAGUACUUGACCUUGGAUAUUGUAGGAAGCUAGAGGAGUUACCCGAGGAUCUGGAUAGAUUGGAGUGUUUAGAGGAGUUAAUCCUACAGGAUUGUAGAUCCUUACGGAGUAUUCCUGACUGCAUCUGUAACAUGACUCGUUUGAAAAUAUUAAUUCUCUGGUAUUGCUCUAAGCUUGAGGAACUGCCUGAUGAGUUUAGAUGCUUACAAAGUUUGAAAGUGUUGGACGUCAAAGGGAUAGCAGAUAGGUUAAAGAAUCUUCCAGAGAGCAUUUCCCACAUAAAAAAUCUUGAGGUCAAGAGAUAG